CGCCACCCUCACUCUUCACACUUUCCCACCACUUGUCACGCAACUUCCUUCUCCACACUCCACCUUACUUGUAUAUAUUUAUUCACACACUUUCAUCUUCUUCUUCUUCUUCAACAACAAACAAACAACACUUCUUUCUUCUCUUCCAAAUUUUUAUUUUUCUCAACUCAUCACAAAAGCUCCUCAAAACGAGAGAGACAGAGAGUUCGAUCUUACUUCAGAUUUUUAUCAACUGAAUUUUUAAUGGCGCUCGAGGCUCUCACUUCACCGAGAUUAGCUUCUCCGAUUCCUCCUCUGUUCCAAGAUUCUUCAACCUUCCAUGGCGUCGAACACUGGACCAAAGGUAAACGCUCCAAAAGAUCCAGAUCCGAUUUCCACCACCACAACAACCUCACCGAGGAAGAGUAUCUCGCUUUCUGCCUCAUGCUCCUCGCUCGCGACGGAGAUCGCACCAACCUCCACCCUCUUCCUCUUUCUCCCGUGACGACGGCUGAGAAAUCGUCCUCGUCCAUCUACAAGUGCACCGUCUGCGACAAGUCUUUCUCUUCUUACCAAGCUCUCGGCGGUCACAAGGCGAGCCACCGGAAAAACUUAUCACAGACUCUUUCCGGCGGCGGAGGAGAUGAUCAGUCGACCUCGGCGGCGACUACAACCACGUCCGCCGCCGUGAUCACCGGAAGCGGGAAAUCACACGUCUGCUCGAUCUGUAACAAGUCGUUUACUUCCGGGCAAGCUCUCGGCGGACACAAGCGGUGCCACUACGAAGGGGACAAAAGUAGUAGCGUGUCCAAUUCCGAAGGUGCGGGGUCCACCAGCCACGUCAGCAGCAGCCACCGUGGAUUUGACCUUAACAUCCCUCCGAUCCCGGAGUUUUCGUCGGUUAACGGAGACGACGAGGUUAUGAGCCCGAUGCCGGCGAAGAAGCCCCGAGUUGACUUCCCGGAGAAACUCCACCACUGAAUAAAAACUUAAAUUAGAAAACGAUCAGAUUAUUAGUUUGCUCUGUUUUGAAUUCUAUAGGGAAUUUGUAGUUCUGUACAUACAAAUUUCGAGUUCGAUUCAUUCCAAUUCUUGUUCUUAUUCAGUUACAAAUUCAUUCUUUAUUUAUCACAUGUUAAAAUUUUUGAGGUUUUAACUUUUCUUUGAAUAAAAUCAUACUACUAGCUA